AUGUUCGCGGAAAAUACCGACCAUCUCAACGACAACGACGUCCACCGAAAGACAAACGAAAUAUUGGGAAUAUAUCGUUAUCGGAAGGAGAAAAGAAUCGACGAACAAUCGAAAGACAUAGACAACAGGCCAACAAGAGACAGACACGACAUCCAUAAAGGAACCGAAUUCGCUCUACCAGACCGCUCGCCCGCCAUUUGCAUGCAUCGUCGACCGUCGAAUGGCUCUGUGAUCAAGUUCUUUGACGUUAGCAAGCGGGUCAACCUGCGUACUCAGAAGCGUCUUGCCUCGUCCGUCCUGGGCUGUGGCAAGAACAAGAUCUGGCUGGACCCCAACGAGGUCUCGGAGAUCUCCAACGCCAACUCUCGCAUGACCAUUCGCAAGCUCGUCUCCGAUGGCCUGAUCAUCCGCAAGCCCGCGACCAUGCACUCGCGGUCGCGUGCCCGUGAGCUGAACCUGGCCCGCCGCAUCGGCCGUCACCGUGGCUUCGGUAAGCGGAAGGGUACCGCCGAUGCCCGUAUGCCUGAGCAGGUCCUUUGGAUGCGCCGUCUCCGUGUCCUCCGCCGGUUACUAGUUAAGUACCGCGCGUCGGGCAAGAUCGACAAGCACCUGUACCACGAGCUGUACCACCUGGCCAAGGGUAACACCUUCAAGCACAAGCGCGCGCUUGUUGAGCACAUUCACCGCGCCAAGGCCGAGCAGGCCCGCGAGAAGCAGCUGAAGGACGAGAUGGACGCCAAGCGCGCCAAGACCAAGGCCGCACGCGAGCGGAAGCUGGAGAGACAGACCGCCAAGCGGCAGGCGAUUCUGGGCGAGGACGAGGAGUAA